CCAACUCAUGAAAAGCCUUUGAAUUUGGGGUCAAAUGUUUAAAAUUAUUCGUCACUCCAAUCGGAGCAUCAUACAUAGCUUAUAAAACUGAAACGAGAACUCAUCGUAAAUGUUUAGCAAUGGGUGCCCACAACAGCAAGCCGCAGACUGUGCAGAUGACCAAUCCGAUGGCAUUCGACAUCACACGGGAUGUGGUGGAAAGAAUCGACCAGGCCAGUGGAAAUGGCACCAAGGUGGGGACCUCCUUUUGUGAGAAGUGCAAAAAUAACGCCGGUAAAAGUUCGAGUUCCGAUGUACCGACAACGGUUGAGCACAAGCCGAUCCAAGUGCAGAAUCCACGACCUGUUCCGGCCGCCAAGUCCUGGAAAAAGAGGUCAUUGGAGGUCGAGGAAGCGGAGUUCGGAAAGUCCUUGCAGCGAGUUCAGGAGCUGUUCGGUAAGCCUGUAAAGUGGGCCAGGGAAUGCGAGGGCGAGAUUGGGAAGCUGGAGGAGGAGCUGAUCUACUGCUACCAACGAUAUAAAAACGAGCCCCUGCAGUGCUCCAACUUGGCCAGGCAGUAUCACCGGUUCGUGUUCGGCAAACAAAACGACGAAAUAUCAAAAAUGAAGGGGGAGCCCAGGGUAAACUGAAUUCAAUUUAAGAGUUCUUUUACAUACUCGUUGCAUUUUAUUCCGUCAAGCAACACCAGGCUAAUGUACUCAAUUAAAUAAAGAAAAUAUAAUUGAAGAAAUCAAAAAA